AUGCGUCGCCGAACAUCGUCAAUCCCGUCACUGGCGGAUGCCCAGCACGCGUUCCAGACGGCCCGACAACAACCAGCGCGCCGUCUGGCUGCAUACACGGUGCUCGCUACUUUUCUGGGUGUAUUUCUCAUCCUCGGAUUUGGCAGCGGGUACACAAAGGACUGGCAAUCCCUCGACUUGGGACGUCUACAAGGAUUUCCCAACUUUGAGCAUAUUCCCGGCAAUGGAAUCCGUACCUUGACAGCCGACGAUAUCAAGAGCGCUAAUCCAAAGCGAUUCGUCGUCGUCGGCGAUAUCCACGGAAUGCAUGGCAGCUUCAAGAAACUACUCUCCACAGUCAAAUACUCGGAGCAUUCCGACUACCUGAUCCAUGUCGGUGAUCUCGUCGCCAAGGGGCCGCAUUCGGACCACGUCCUCAGCACAGUCUCUCACGCAAAUGUGACUGGAGUGCGAGGUAAUCACGACCAAAAGGUUAUCGAAUGGCGCCAGUGGAUCGAAUGGGUCCAGUCCCACCACGGUGGACGAGCCUGGCUUCGCGACAUGGAAUCAAAGACCGACAGCGAACUCGAAGACAUGAAGAAAAAGGCCGGCAAGCGAAAGUGGAAGAUUCCCGACGGUUGGGAGUUUGGCGGCGAGCAUUAUUUGAUCGCAAGGAACAUGAAGGCUCAUGAAGCCGACUACAUUUCUAACCUUCCACUCGUUAUCCACGUUCCCUCCUACCAUCUCUUUUUCGUUCACGCAGGAUUGCUCCCAUUGAAUCCGACGAUUCCUCUCAACUCUAAGCAUCAGCCUCUCAGCCAUGUUCCAGGCUCUCUUCGGCAAAAGUCUGACCAUCAACACCGUGCUGCGAGACAGGUUGGCUCCAUAGACAACCUCGAGGAUCGUGGACUGGCUGGAAGUGAUCACCUUAGUCGCAAAGGACAUCAUCGCGACCCAAAGAAUGCAAGGGAUCUCCGAACUCUCCAGGAAGAAAUGAUCCUCUCCGGCAUUCCUCAAAAUACCAUUCCUUUCAAUGUGCUGAACAUGCGAAGUUUGCAACGCAACGAACCAGUCAAGAGUUCCAAAAAGGGACGUCCAUGGUCAGAGGUGUGGAACACUGUCGUCAAGAAAUGCGAUGGGUUCCCAGAUGACGCUGUACGACUCGCGCUCAGCGGUGAAGGGCUUCCACCGGUCAAAGACAAAGACGGCAAGGAGCGCGAUAUGCCGUGGUGGGAGGCGAUGGUGCGGGAUGACGGCGAAGUCAUUGACUGGGAUGAUGAGGAUGACCCCGCCAUCAAUUGGAGCCGUAUCCCCAAGCGACUUCCUUGCAAUCCCACGACGAUCAUUUAUGGCCACGCCGCCGGACGCGGUCUCGACAUCAAGCGCUGGAGUCUUGGCCUUGAUAGCGGCUGUGUCUAUGGUCGUCGGAUGAGCGCGCUCAUCUUUUCCGAAAAGGAAGACGAGCUCACUGCUCUCGACGAGCUGGCCGCUCACCACGCCCGGUCUGGUGCCUCGGACGAGGAUGGGGAACCAGAGUUCAAAGUCGAAAAGGUCAAGCUCGGCGACGUCCUCGAGGAUGGUGGUAGGCUUCACGGCCGCAUUGCGAGCGUUCGUUGUCCAGACGUCGGCGCGUAA